UAGUAAUUCGUUUGUUCGUUGUUGGAGUGUUUCGUGCAACUUGUUGCUGUGUGACUCGAAUACGCUGGUCCGUAUUUUAUUCAGUGUUUAUCGGGUUCGCGUCGGCGUUUUAAAUAUUCGCAUUUUGUGGCGUAUUUUUUAAUUUUUUCCGCUCGCGUUUCCGUAAUAAUUCGUGAAGUUUUUCGAAGUUUUUUUCGUGCUUUUUGAAACAUGUGACAGUGAAGUGAUGUUUAUUAUUGCUUCAGGUUUUAUCGGAGGAAACGAUUUUAAUGGCAGCUUUGUAGUUUUGUUUCGCGCUGUUUUAUUAUUUUAUCUUGUGUUUUAAAGCUUUUUUUUCUAUUUUCUUUCGAGUAGAUGAUUUUUAUUAGAGUUUUAAUAUUUCUAUUGUAGUGUGUUUUUCGCGCGUUGUGCUUUCUUUUUAUUUUUUUUAUAUUUAUGUAUAUUUUUUUUAUAUCGUAUAAUUUUGUGUCGGAUGAUUAAAAAAAUUCGUCGUGCAUCAUGUCUUUGGAGUUAUAUAUGCCGAAAUUGAUAAAUAACAACAACAACACCGAAAUAGGAUCAUCGAGGAAGAAAUGGGGUACAACAAUGGCGUCGUUAUCCAGUCUAAACGAAGUCUCUGAUUACGAAAACGGUGAUUUCAAUUCGACGGAAAAUAUUCGACGAGCGUUUAGCCCACCGCCGGUGAUCAGACGUGAUUCGGAUGUGCCUCGUGAAGAGCAACGUCCCAGGAGGAAAUCGUGGCACGUUGGUAAAUUCGAAAAGAAACGACGUAAAGGUAUCCCGUUUAUUGGCGGAUUGCAUCUGGGUAGCAAGGAAUCAUCUGGGUCUACAUCGCCGACUGGUUACGAGAAACAUAAACGUGGAUCGUGGUGGAAUGCAUUUGUACCGGAUCAUUGGCCGAGAUCCAGACGUUCUUCGACGGACUUCCACCGUUCGACUGAAAAGAUCCCAUUCUUCAGGGGAAAGAGUCGCAGCGUGGAUCAUGGAUUUACAUCACCUUUCGAUCUCGACUCACUGCGUAGUAAAGUGGAAGGACGAUUUGAAAGUGUUGACAGACUUUCAAAAGAUACAGAUGGGGACAGUCGUAGUGGUAGCAAAGAAAGACUGGCUGAGAAAAAAAUGCAGAAACCACCACCCACUCGUACGAUCACCUACAAGGUCGAAGCUUCUGAUACUCUGACAUCGGUGGCUGCUCGUUUCGAUACAACCCCAUCGGAGCUAGCGAUAUUGAAUCGAUUGCCAUCACGUACUGUGUUCCCUGGUCAAGUGAUCCGUGUGCCAGAGAAGAAACAAGUUCCAGCCGACGGAGAAAAUUCGGAGACCAACAGUGAAGGCGCUGAACAUUGUUCGAUUUCCGAUGAAUCGGCCGAUACUGAAAAUGCGGCUGGUCGACGUUUAUCGGGAUCUGAUAAUAAAGAUGCUGAAACGAAUGCUGAAGAUGAUAUGUUGGAUAACUUGAGAAUAGCAUCACCCAAACCAGGCCACGCCGAACGUAUUCAUUCACCGACUCCAGCAACAGUUACCCAACAAAAACCAGUACGAACUUUCGAUAGAUUUUUGAAAAUCAAUGUUCGUCAUAUUACCGAUGGUCAGGGUGUGGUCAGCGGAGUAUUGCUAGUUACACCGAAUGCUGUGAUGUUCGAUCCAAAUGUUUCGGAUCAGUUGGUCAUCGAACAUGGACCAGAAUCGUACGGCGUUAUUGCUCCUAUGGAGUUCGUCGUGAAUGCUGCCAUUUAUCAUGAUAUCGCCCAUAUGAGGGUAGCCCAUACGCCGCACAAUUUGUCGGAUUCCGGUGGUAAACCAGAAAUAUACCAUGCAUCCGAGAAAGAUAGGCGUGAUAGUUUGUACAGACCGAAAGAAGAACGAAACGACGGUAUCGAACACAAUGAUCCUUUAGUUACCACUCAGACUGACUCUUUAGAUAGCACAACGUUAGAAAUACAAAGUUCGCCGGGCGGUAAAGCGGAUUCCUUAUUGACUAAAGAGGAUACGUUUCCAGAGUUAAGGUCGUCCACCGAAGAAGAGGAUGACAACAGCGUAUGCUCUUGCGAAGAAGAACGUCAAAUCGGUAAUGCAUUUCCAAAAGCUUUCGAAAGAGAUUUAAUUAUACCUCCGUAUGCUAAAAAGAAAACUAAUCACUUAUUGAAACGAUCUGACGAAAUAUCAGAAAAAGAAGAUACCUCACAUUCGGGUGACGAAAGGAGAACGGAAUCGCCGGCUUCUUUGCCACCGGACGGCGAAGACAACGCGUCUGAGUCAGCCGUACCACACCUAGUCGAAGCGGAAGCUGUGAUUAAAAAUUUAGAAGAAAGGCGAAAAUCGUCGUUGGACCACCAUUGGGCUGUACCGAGUAAAAUUCGUUCACUCGAAGGCGACGCUGCUCCUACGGAAGAGAGUACCUGUGUAGUCGAAAGCGAACACACGGAUAGCCAAAGCGGUCGAUUAGUUAAACAGUCUUGUCACGAUUCCGGUAUCGAUAUACGCGAAGACCGCGAUCCAUCGGUAAUCACUCCGUUAUCGCGCAAAACCACCUACUCCGACGCUGAUAUUUUGUUAGCCGAUAAUGUCGAUUUCAUACCACCGAAACCUGUCCGGCAACAGUCUCGUAACGAGGAAGAAACCGGCGGCCAGAAGAAAAUUUCAUCUGUGUCGUUCAGCUUGGAAGAUAACAAAGACGGCGCAGAACAAACCAGUAAACCAUCGUCUACCAGCGAAGAAGCCGAAAAACAGGCCGAAACUAAGAAAAAUAAAAUGUUGAAAAGGCUAUCGUAUCCGCUCGCUUGGAUGGAGGGCAUCACCGGCGAUAAAGACGAUAAAGAGAGUUCAUUACCUUCGUCAGCCGAAUCUUCGCAUCCUUCUCAUUCAUCUAGUGUCUUCUCCAAAGUUUUUUCAAGUUCGCCAAUCAAUAUGGUGACGGAUUUCGGUACUGGUUUGUUUUUAACGAAAACUCCUAGCGAGGAAAGCAGUAAUAAAUUUCAAUUCCCUCCCACUAGUGGCUCGUCCUCUACUUCCUCUACAUCCCAGACCAAUUCAGAGCCAACUAAUCGCCACCAGCAUCACCAUCACCAUCGCCAUCAUCAACGAUGCGCUACCAUACCUUCCUCUUCUGUGUUAUCGAAUUCGCAUAAAAAGGAAGGUUUCGCUACCUCGUUUUCGCCCUCUUCGCUUAUUAGUAAUGUGGGACGUUCCUCUGUUAGCUCGUUCAUCAGACAACAGCACCAUAAUCGAAGCGAUAGCACGAAAUCAGCUGGACCAAGAUUAGAUUACCGUAGCAUGGUAUCGGUUGAAGAUAUGCCCGAAUUGUUUGUCUCGUUCGACAUUCACGCACCACUGUUUCCCCAGCUUGAAAAUUUAGAAUUGAUACCGAGACCAGCGAGAUCUUGCGAAGAUCCACCGUUGUAUUUACGUUUAAGAAUGGGAAAACCGAAAAACAGAAGAAUACCGAAAACCACUCCUAUUAUGUCGUACGGUAAAAAGAAAAUGCGACCGGAAUAUUGGUUCAGCGUGCCAAGAAAUAGGGUGGACGAUUUAUACAAAUUUUUAAAUAUUUGGGUACCUCAUUUGUACGGUGAUCUAGACGAAGAGACCGUCACCGAAAGAGGUUACGAACUAGUCAAUUCCGAUACCGAAUUAUGGGACGACGAAGAAGGUAACGGAGAAGAUGAAAAGAAACGUUGCCGAGGCAGCUCCGAUGAUCUUAGUGAAUUAACCAGAGAAUCGUGGGAGGUGAUUAAAGCGCCUUAUGCGAAAAUAUACACUUUAUUGAAGAACCAAGCUGAUCAGUUUGGGUCGUCAGAUACCCAACCCAGCGAUGAGGUAUUGUCUAUGAGUGAUGAACUUAGACGCGCAUUGUAUGCCACCAGCACCAACUCGCUAGAUUUCGAAUUGUUUUUACCCGAUUUGAACGGUGCCACUGAAAUACUCACCGAAGAACAUCGCAAACAAUUAUGUAGGCAUUUACCAGCCAGAGCCGAAGGAUAUUCUUGGUCUUUGGUGUUUACUACGUCGCAACAUGGAUUCUCACUCAAUUCCAUGUAUCGUAAAAUGAGUCGAAUAGAUAGUCCUAUAUUGAUGGUUAUACAAGAUACAGAAUCAAAUGUAUUUGGUACCUUGACGUCUUGCACGUUACGAGUCAGCGAUCAUUUCUAUGGAAAUGGCGAAUCACUAUUAUUUACCUUUACUCCAGAAUUCCAAGUAUACAACUGGACCGGAGAGAAUUUAUAUUUUAUCAAAGGAAAUAACGAAAGCUUAUCGAUAGGAGCCGGAGACGGUAAAUUCGGAAUAUGGUUAGACGGCGAUUUAUACCAAGGCAGAACUGAAUCAUGUACGACAUACGGAAACGAUCCGCUCGUACCGUCGCAAGAUUUCGUCGUGAAGACUCUGGAAUGUUGGGCUUUCCUGUAGGUAAUGAAAUCGUGAAAAAAAAAAUCAUCAAAGAAAAAAAAUUUGAAAACCCUAACCUGACCAAAAAAACUACCAAUCGAGACAAUGACGUCACUACAGAGAUGCCUACGUGAUAUAUUUUUUUCCACGUGUCAUCGUAUUACCAAUUUUUCAAUUUCGUUGUAAAAAAGAAAUGAAAAGUCCUACCCUCAAGAAGGCGCGGAUAGAUAGAAAGUGAAAAAAAAUGAACGUCUGUACAGAUUUUUUUACCUAAGAGAAACCAAAAAAAAAAAAAUCUUUACGUAUACAGUACACUCACAUCAAUUAAAUCAGCGUGAGCAACUACGGGAUGAUGAAGAGGAGGAGGAGACUAUCGAAAAAACAAUAAAGAAAGAGUUGGAAAGUAGCAAAUAAAAAAAAUGGAUAAAAAACCAAAAAAAAAAAACUCUACCUAACGAUUACGUGUGUUUGUUUUUUUUUAUAAAUAUUAUAUAUAUACUAAAAAUACCUAGACGUACCUACUUUUAUAUACAAUUUAAGUACCUACUACAUAUAUCGUAAUAAUACUUAUAUACUCGUUUAAAAAAAAAAAAACUAUCGUGUGAAAACGUCAAGUGGAAACUUUCCUCGCUACAUACAGCUUUACUACUCGUAUUAUAGUAGCUGACGUGUACCUAUAUACCUUGUACCUUGUACCUAGGACCUACCUAUCUAUCGUGUAGAGAUUGCUAAAGUAUAUAAGCCAGCUAUAAAUGGUCUCCUUCGAGGAUUUAAGAUAGAAAAAAAUAAGGUGUAACAGUUGGCCAGAUUUGAUCGAUCAAUGUGCUCUACGAUUCCGCACUAUUGUGUCAUACUAUUUUUAAUCGUGCAUAUAUUUUUACAUAGAUGUCUCUUUUUUUUCGUUUUUUUUUUUCGUUGUAGUCGUCGGAGUACGUAGAUAAGCAAUGUAGAGUAUAUAAAAGAGUAUCCGUGUUUGCUAUAGGUACAGUAGGUACAUUUCUAUGUGUGGAUAUGUAAGAAUAUAUAUAUCCGUAUUCCAAGCCCAAUCUCCCCUCGUACCCCUCCUUCCUUCCUUCCUUCUUAUCCACGAUGAUGAAUUCGUAGUGGUCAAUUUUACUUUACCAUCUGGAAAACAUUUUUGGGGUGUAAAUUGAAUAUCUAGUACGCUGUAAUCGCCUACCACAUAUCACGAUAUAUAUCGCCGGUGAUAGUCUGGCGCGUGAUCGCCGAACGACGCGUUAGUUUUUAAUUAUCUACUAUUUUAUAUAAAUGUGUAUUUUUGUUGUUUUACUUUACUUUUUGCCCCCCUCUCCCCUCUUCUGUUUUGCAUCUGUAGAUCUCUUGUUUCGUGCUGACGAAAACGUACGAACGUAGCUCGUACGUGUAGAAAUCGACCUAAUAAUAUUAUUUAUCCUUUCUAUUCGAAGUACAGUUUCGAAAAUCUAAAUUAUACUAUUUUCGAUUUCCAUCUCGCAUCUGCCUAAAUUAGAGGUAGUUGUACUCGAAACGAGAGAUACUUUCGUGAAAUUUGAAGUAAAACGAAAAAAAUUUACCAAAAAAAAAAAACUAUAUCAUUCCAAAUUUAUAUUUUAGUGUGAUUUUUACAACAACAAAAAAAAGUACUUAUUUUUUAGGGCUGAACACGGAUGAAAUUAUCGGUAGAAAACGCUCGAAUUAUGUACAUAGGUAAUUGUACGAUAUGUACUUACUAUCGAGCCAGUGGAAUCAUUAUGCAUAUGAUGCGCUUUUAUUGUGAUAUUUUUAAAUGCAUCAUGAAUAUGCUUUUUUUUUACAUCGGCGUGUAAUUGUAUUCUUGUAAUUCCUCUUUCUUGUGCAUAGAUUUAUUGUAUUUGUACAUAAUAUAAUACGUAGGAGAAGCUAGGAUUAGGAAUCUGGUAUAAUACUCGAGUAUAAAGUGGGUGAUUUUUUUUUCUCGUUUUGAAAGCGCGUGCUGGUGAUUGAAAGUUUCAGUUUCAACGAGGUGGGAUUCAGAAUUUGGAGAUUUUUUUGGGGGACUUUGAAGUUCUUUUACGGUCGUGUUGUGCUUAUGUAGAGUUGUUGGAAAUUGAUUGAGAGAAGUUGGAUAGAUAGGGGAAGAGAUAUGCUGAAAAAAAGGAAGAAAUUUUAUUAAAUUUUGAAUGACGUCGGAACGCUAGAAUAAAACCAAAGAUUUAUAGCACUAUAUCUCGCAUUUCAUAUAGCAUAUUCAUCUUUUUACUCAUCGAUGAGGAUUAUUGGAAAGUGAAACGGGCAUUUUGGGAACCAUUUGCUAGGAAAUUGUCGAAAAAUUGAAGUUGGUCGAAUUCAAACUUUCUCAAAGUUUGGUAUUGGAAAAAAAGAGAAUUUUUGGUGUUUUUAAAUGGUAACAUUGGCUUGUAAUUGAUUGGGUACUUUUGAAUUUAUUGUUUUUGGGUGGUGAAUUGAUGUUUUUAAAUUAGGUGGGGAAAACCAUGAUGGCAAAAUCAUUCUUCUUAGGAUGAAAAAUGUUCUCAAAAUAUCGAAACGAACUCGAGUAUCGAAUUUUCCAUCGAAUAUUGCGUAGUAACGUAACACUGUAACAGUAACUUAUGUUACAGACCGCAAGCACGUCAUUUUACCUAUUUUAAAUAAAAAAUAACGUUAUAAUAACGUUUUGUAACCGUUAUAAUAACGUUAUGCUUACGUUAUAAUAACGUUAACCUACCGUUAUUUUCAAUUUGAGGAGACAAUUUUUCAUAAUAUUAUGAUAGUGUUAUUAUAACGUUAUUUUGUCGUUUUGAAACGGUUAUCAUAACGUUAUUUUACCAUUAUGAUAGGUUAUUAUAACGUUAUUCUAGCGUUAUAAUGGAGUUUUGAAAAAGUAUGGCUAAAAUUGUGGUGGUAAUUGUGUAAUGUCAAGAGGGUGUCAUUAUUAUAGGAUUAGAAUGGUGCCACAAUAACGUUUUUGUACAGUUGUGGGAACAUGAUUGUACCGUUAAAAUAGUUCAGCAUUGCAAGAAAGUUAUACUCAGUGUUGCAGAUUAUUUUAUAUUCGGUUUCUGGUCAAUAUUUGAAAUUGAUUGAAAUCUAAUUUGGCUUCACAAAAAUUUUGUGAUUCAGGGUACAGAUUGAUAUUGUUUUGAUUUCGGGUUUAGUUCAUCAAGUCAAAUUCUUCGAUUUUUCCACAUUUCAUAAUGUUAUUAAUCAAUCAUACUAUUUGGGAAUCCAUGAAUCUGGUAACUGAAAAUUACCAACAAUAACGUAGAAAUUUCCACAAAAUGGUCCAAAAAUCCUUGAAAAAGAGAUGUUCGAAUCUUGUUAGAAAAAUGCGAAUGAAAACUCAAUUGAACUGAAAACGUUAAAAAAAAAAGCAUUAAAAUCACUGAAAAUUGUAUUACUUUUCACUGAAUCCAAUCUCAAAACCUAAAUUGUUUCAACCAAAAACCGGAAUUAUUUUUCAGAACUUGAAACCUGAACACCAGAAUCUUGUGCAAACCUGAAAUAGAUUUCAACCUGUUUAAAAAUCAGAUCCAAAACCAAAACCCAAAUAAUUUUGGGCUAACCACUUCCAAAUAAUGUUUUUGUACAGUUACAGAAACGUUAUUGUAACGGUAUCAAAACGUUCCAAUAACGUUAUGAUAACGUUAUUUUUGAGUUGAAGUGACAAUAUUUCAUCAUGUAGUAACUUUGUUAUGACAUUGCACGAUUGCAGUGAAUCAGUGAUAUGAUAACGUUAUUUUGACCUUACCAUAACGUUAUUACAAAGGUGUGGCCCAGUUCAGCGACAACCUUGUAAUGUAAUGAGGGUAUAAUUUUUAUAUCAUAAAUCAUGACGACAGUGCCAUGAUAACGUUAUUGUACAGUUAUAGUAACGUUAUCGUAUGGUUAUUAUAACGUUACCAUACGGUUAUUAUAACGUUAUUUUUCGAUUUUGAAAAAUUAAAAAUUAUUGAAUUUAGGAGCUCGAUUUUUGGUCACGCAAUUAUGUAUUGGUCAACGAUGGAAAUCCGAUAUUUGAGGUAUGUAGAUUGUUGAGUUGAGGGGCAAGGGGUUUAUCAAGCUCUUGAUUGUUUCUAGAAUCAGCAGGGAUGUCAAGUUCACUUUCCAAUAAUGUAUUUUUGUUUUAUUAAAUUCAUUUUUCAUUUUUAAUAUUCUGCUGUUGACGGUUGGUUCGAAUCGAAAGGAAUGCGAAAUCAGAAGGAAUAAUAUGCCAAUGAUUUUGUGUAAUUUACAACGUAGGUACUUAUUGCUUGGCUAGUCAACAUGGUGGCAUUUUCAUGUAUCCAUUUUCUAAGAUGUUUAUGUGUGCGUGCUUAGUGAAAGUACAUAUAUACCUACUCGAUAAAGUAAAAAAAAAUUAUAAAGAAUUAAAAAAAAGGUAGGAGCUAACUCAAUCGUAACAUUGGCAGCGAAUAUUUUCAUCCGUGUUUACGUAUAAAACACAUACCUACAUAUUGUACUAAUAAACCAAACUUAUCACAUAUUUUUGUCGAAACGACGACGUGUGGUGUGAAAUUUUCAAUUAAAAUCAAAUAAUUUUUAGAUUUACCGCGCGCUUUUUUCAUUUCUAUACGAUGAGAAAAAAAAUUUAUAUCGAUUUCUAGUUUCGUUUUUUUAAUAAAAAAAUUUAUUUAGAAACACAAGUCAAUUGUUUUUAGAAAAUAAGUAUAGUUUGUUUUUUUUUCUAGUAUUUGUACUGAUAAAAUGAAGUUUCUAGUGUGUAUGAUAAAAAAAUAUUAUGUUAGAGUUGCAUUUUGUAUUUUCAUAUAGUAUGAUAGCGGAAUGAAAGAAAUUUUUAAUUAUUUGUAUUCAUACUCUUAUCGUGUGUGAUAUUUGCUUUCGUCGAGUAUGUUUCAAUGAAAAGAUACAUUAUUUAUAUACAAAGGUGAUCUGUUACACACCUCCUCAGCUUUCAAGCUUUGUUAUGUUUUUUUUUUUAAAUUUUAUUUAUCUUGUGUGUGUGUGUAUUCGUGUUCGCUAUAUAAAUACGUAUAUAAAAUUAUAUUCAAAAGUGUCGCUUGUCGUAAUAGGCUGUUGGAUUAUUUAGAUCUCGUUUUAUGUGUACUUUUGUUUCGGCCCAGAUGUAUGCGAAAAUCCGUUUUAAAUAGUUCCAAGUACUCGUACAUAUUGAAACAAUAAUAAUUUUGCAAGCUUGGUGAAGUUAAUUGUAAUAGGUUUUAAUAUUACUAGUCUGAUUAUAUGUUUAUUUUGGCUACAUUUUUGAAGAAUUUUGUUUUUGAAAAAGAGCAUUUUUUUCAUCUAUUUAGAUGCAUUUUUUCGAAAUAUGUGUAAUAAAUGAUGAUUAGAUACAGAAUGAAAUUCACGUACGAUAAAUAAUAAUAUAGUGAAUAUUGUUACCAAAUUGAUGGAGUUGUAAUAAUUAUGUGUAUAAUUAUAUAAUGACGAUGUUGUUGUAAUAAUGAUGCGAGCUACAUAACAGAGCAAAUUUAUAACAAAAGCAUAAAUCAUUUAAAUAUGUCUAGUCGAUAUUUUAUGUAUUAGUUGAUUUUAGUUUAUUUUUUUUUUGUCCAACAUACACUGGCUAAAUUUAUCUACGUUUAAAAAAAAAAUUAUGGAAAAUUAAUCGCUUCGAACCUAUAUAAAAAGUAAACACCAAUAAUUUCUAAAAUUUAUUAUAGGGCCUAUGAUUAUUAUUAUAUGUUUCGCAUUUUUUUCCUUUAUCUUUUUCUUUUUAUUUUGUUUAUUUUUGUUCUCAUCUCUUAUGUUUUGUUGGAAAUUAAAAUUAUGUAUAGCUUUUUAUGUAACAAGUUUUUGAGAUGGCAUUGUUAUGUCAAUUUUGUCGUGUAAUGAAUUGUGGAUACGCGAAGUACGUGCAUUUGCACUUGUAAUUUUUUUUUGUAUUUUACGUGGGUGCGUGAGUUUUGUUGUAUUUAAAAAAAAAAUUGGUAUUUUAAAAAAAAUGUCUGAAUCGUGUUUUGCAAUUUAAUGAAUGAUUUAUUUUUAUUUGUCAGUUAUACAGUUACUGUUUACCAUUAUAUUGUGUUAAUAAAUGACUGCAAAAAGUUAA